AUGAACUAAUUGGAGAUACUGGUUUAUCUGAAUGAUCUCAUUGCUUUCGGAAAGUCACAAAGAAUCUGAGGAGAUGCUAUGGAAGAUGUACAAUCAGUCGGAAACUAUUGUCUUACAGCUGAAGUUGUUUAACUAGAGUUAGUUUUGAUCUAUAUGCUACUAACUGGUACAAUUCGUUAGCAGGAUUGCUCAUUACCGGACAAAUCAGAGUACAGUUGCAUUUUGGAGGUGUUGCUUGUAAACAGCUAAAUUUUCGGGCAUGCCAUUGAAGCUCUGGCCAUAUAAGGCCGUUGGUCAUUCACUGCUGGAAGUAGCACUCUCAGAGGCCCUUCUCCAUGGAGUGUUUCAAAAUAAGAAAAAUCUUCACGUUGCCUUUUUCCACCUAAGUCUGGGCAACAAAGUCACAUGCAGAAGCUGAGAAUGAACGUGCAAAUCCUGCUUGAUUUGAAUGGUAUGAUGCUCUCAGGGAUCGCCUAGACAUCCCUUAGAAAAACCCUGCUGGUAGAGGCAGCCACGGAAGACAGCCCAAAAAUGACCAGCCAGCCUCCAGAGGAUACUGCCGAGUCCCCCGUCUCCGACGAGCUUGAGUGUAAGAUCUGCUAUAAUCGCUACAACCUGCGGCAGAGGAAACCCAAAGUGCUGGAAUGUUGUCACCGCGUGUGUGCCAAAUGCCUUUACAAGAUCAUCGACUUCGGAGACUCCCCUCAGGGCGUCAUCGUGUGUCCCUUCUGCAGGUUUGAGACCUGCCUGCCCGAUGACGAGGUCAGCAGCCUCCCCGAUGACAACAACAUCCUCGUGAACUUGACUUGUGGAGGAAAGGGGAAGAAAUGCCUGCCGGACAAUCCCACGGAGCUGUUGCUGACCCCCAAAAGGCUGGCCUCCCUGGUCAGCCCUUCGCACACUUCCUCCAACUGCCUGGUGAUCACCAUCAUGGAAGUGCAAAGAGAGAGCCCUCAGUCUCUGAGCUCGACCCCCGUGGUGGAGUUUUACAGGCCCACCAGCUUUGACUCUGUGGCUACCGUGUCCCACAACUGGACAGUGUGGAACUGCACCUCUCUGCUCUUCCAGACGUCAAUCCGAGUGUUAGUUUGGUUGCUAGGGCUACUGUAUUUCAGUUCCUUGCCCUUAGGGAUCUACUUGCUGGUCUCUAAGAAAGUCACCCUUGGGGUUGUCUUUGUCAGCCUUGUCCCUUCCAGCCUUGUUAUUCUUAUGGUGUACGGUUUUUGCCAGUGUGUAUGCCAUGAAUUUUUAGACUGUAUGUCAUCACCUUCAUGAGAGAUGCUACAAAAAUGAGAAAUUUAAUAUACUUUGCCACGUUUGUAGCUUAGUUCAUUUAAAUUGUUUUUGAUUUUCUUAUUUAUGAUUUGUGUCUCUAACAUUAACAGACAUUAAUUACAUCUUAUUGGUCUGUUUUCCUCAUCAGUAUGUAUCCUUUGGUUCAUUUAUAAUUUUUUUUCUUAAUACUGGUAGUAAAAUUUGAUACUUCAACUUGGGGGGGUUAGACUUUAGGAAAGAAACAGGUGUGUCCAAGUUAAGCCUUUUUGGAGCUCAAAGGGAACAGUGUCUACCUAGGGAAAGAACAGAGCCUUUCAGGCAACAAAUGUUGUCACGCAGACAACUUAACGAGAGUUUGGUACACCCACAUUGUGUAGUAGCGGAGAGUUUUGCCACAAGUUAAUGAUGAACUGGCUUCUCUUUGCAUAAUCAUCACUGUUAUGUUUAUGGAAGGAGGGCAUAAGUUACUCCAAGUGAAACCCUUUUGAAGUGUGCAUUCACCCUUGACAUUUCUCGUUGCUACCUUCCCUCAUUUCAUCCACUCCCCUUGUAUUUCUUUUCUCUUAAUAUCACCCUCUUUUAUUUAAUGUGUAAUUCAAGAUAUCUGUCUCCUCUGUACACUCUUUCUGAUCCUGAAGCCCCCAGACCAGGGGGGAGGACCUUAAGGCCACAAAUAGCCCUCUGGGUCCUCAAGUGCGGCCUUUUGACUGAGUCCAGGUUUUACAGAACUGGGGUUUUACAGAACUGUAAAACUUGGACUCAGUCAAAGGGCCGCACUUGAGGACCCAGAGGGUCACAUGUGGUCCCAAGGAUGCAGGUUCCCUGCUCCUGCCCCCGACUCAUUCUGCUGAGCCACUCUCUUCCGCUGCAGAGUUCUCUUUGAAAACAAUGAGAAAUUUGAACCAUAAGAGAAUUUGGCCAUUUGUUCUGAACACGCUAUGAGUCCCCUAGUUUUUGAACCUCCACCCUUCUGUGAAAAGUGCUAGAGACCUUUCAUUGUUUUGCUUUGGUAUAUUUGAUCUUUUACCCCAUUACUCCUUCAGCCUUCAUUCCCUGUCGUGAGAAAAUAGGUCUCCUUUUCCACUAACUCCUGUAAGGUGAGGAGAAAGGGUGAUUUACCAAACAAAAUUUGGAUCCCCUUGUCUUCCUUGCCCCAUGUCCUACCACUCCAAUUUCAAAGGACACUGACUUAUUUAAUUUUCAGCUUUUGGAGAUGGAGAAUGAGAUGCUCCAACUCAUUGUUUGUAAAGAGUUGAGAACGUGCAUGUUCUGUUUUGCUGUACUGAGUAGCAAUAAAGCAUGAAGGCUUUAGGUUUACAUACACGACUCUGUGGGUAGGCGUGGGGGGAGGGAGCAAGCCACAUGCAGAGCUGAAGGCUUUGCUAAGGAUGUACCCAAAAGAACUCAGGCCAUGGUCAUAGAACUGGAGGCAGGCAUCUGCGACUGCAUUGGUUGCUAUCCCAGAUGUUCUAAAAUCAAAGCAGUCUAAUCUAUAAAGUGGGAUCAAAUACUUAUGCAAAUUAUUUCAAUGAAAGACAUGGGUAAAUGUGACCUGAGUGAAGGGACCAUUUUCCUUGAGGUGUAGGGGAAGUUGACUAUACACUUCUGAGAAGAAUUGUUUAGCAGAUUUUAGGUUUUAAAGUGCACUAUGUCAACCAGAACUACAUGUAUCCAGUGGAAAAAAGAAACCUUUUUAAAACUCCCUGACGACGAUUAGCAUUACCUUGUUUGCAUAUUUUUUUGAAGGAGUAUUACUAAAGUUACUACUUAUUCUAGUUUGUGAUGAAAUAUUUGUUGUGAGGUGGUAGCUACAGUGGGCCCUAUUCCAAUUUCUUUAGUCAGCUAAAACAAAUGGUUACUUCCAGAAUAUCUGUAUCAUUUAAUUAUAUAAUUGUUAACUUUCAGAAUGUUUAUGCCAAGGUCAAUUUGGCCAGAAAGAACAUGUGGAAUCUGGCCUAGUGAAUUUAUCAUGAGGUAUAUAUAUAACUAAAUAAAUUUAUGAAUCCAUAAAAUCUAGUUUAGAUAAGUGUUCAAUGUGAGUGCAACUCCCAGAAAACCAUUUGUUCCUGAAGUAAAUGUCAUGUUUAGAAGAUGUUAUGUUAGAUUUGCAUAGUUAUAAGGGUUUUAAAAAAUGUUUAUUUGUUCUGAAGUGUAACAUCUAGUAGAUAGGUGGAGUAAUACAUUGAUGAGAUUCUAGGAAGUUCGGGAAAUUUGAACUACUCGUUUAGCUUCUUUGUGUAAAUGUGUCAGCAGUGCUCAAUUUAUGUACCUCAUGCACAGUAGUGGUCUUUUUUUUUUUAAAGUUGCCAGUGAAUUAACUUUGGUUCAGAAGUAAAUUUUACCAAUACCUUUAAGACCUAUUAAAUGGCUAACACUAAUAAUUUCUCCAUGUUGUUAAAUGAAAAAGAAAGGACAAUACUUCAAUAUUAUGAUGACUGUGAUACAGUUUUGUUUUGUCAUUAAAUCAUUAUUAU